UUUUUUCCCAUGUUCCCCACUCAUCCCGCCAAAUUCUCGUUAAUGGAAGAGAUGUCCCUUUUAACAACCUAGUUCCCAGGGCCUUUCUCUUUGAAAUUGGGAGGGGCGGGAAAAGGGAAAAGGGAACGAGGUUACCCUUUUCAAGACUACUGCUUUCGUCGCAAAGAACAAACCUACUACUCCUGGUAAGACCAGAGGAAGUUAAAAACACGACCAAAAACCUUUGAGAGCACCCUCUCCCCCUUCAUCCUGCCCCUUCCCCCGGCCCCCAGAUUUAACCGGUAUGCAAACAACAGACUACAACAGGUAAUCAAAAAAUCUUACAAGGUGUCCAGAAGGUUAAGCAAAGAACUAGCAAAUAAAUACUGGUCACACACAAUGGAUUUUGUAACGAAAUCCAAUCUCUUUUAAUAUUUAGACUCUGAAUGAUAUUAGUUUUGCGCAUCGCAAGUAAAACAACAACAUUGAGUUAUUCAUAGCAUUGCUAGAACGGCGGGAGAGAAGCAUGAUAAACUAGUUUACUCUGGAAUCGCUUCGCUUCACCGCUCCAAAACCAAGCGGCCAUCGUCUUGAAGUCAAGCCAGCGUGACACUCUUUGCUUUCACCUCAAUCGCAACAGGGCUGCAAGCAAAUUUCAUCUUGCGGGGUUUCGGCCUUCCUAGAACUCGCGUAAAACGCGGUUACCAUUACAUCAGCCAAAAGUAACGGCAGUAAUCCGCGUGUCACGCAAUCCAAUCCGCUGGCUGCUCAAGUUAAGCGUACACGUGUUUAUGGUAAAUAGGAUCGAACUCGUUAUGUCAUGAUGUCGUCGAAAAACGUUGUCACUAUUGGAAGACUGAUUCGAAAGUGCCUGAAAGAGGCAUAUUUUCUUCCACAGAAACCGUCGUCGUAUUCUAAGGGUUACAGAUUCUUAAACGAUAAGAAUUACUUGGUCUAUGAUUGUCCACCGUCUCCUCUAUAUUUCGAUCGUCUUUUGUCGCCAUUUCGUCAUCUUCCCGCAGCCGGGAAUGAAAUUCCAAUUAUUAUGGAGUGUAAGCCGGAAUCUUACUUGCAACAGCAUUGGAAACAAUGGCUUCCCGCUUUCCCUCCCGUAGUUAUCAAGUCACUGGACGAAGGGCUGCAAGAUGAUGUCCCAGUCGUCACAACAGCGGCGCUUCAAGGUAUCCCGAAGCACAAGCACAGUGUACAUCCGGAUGUCUUGUACGAGGUACAACUGAAGAGUUCUAUUCUCGAUGUCGGCGUGCCGUUUCCAAGACAUCUCGACAAAAACGCAAUUUCUUACCCUUGCGCUGUUAAGGCUGACAUGAGCACGGGAGGUCGUGGAAGCUGGCUUGUAAAGAACGAAAGCGAAUUGUCCGACACUCUGCGAGAAAUCAAAGACGUCUGUCACUGGAAAGGGCGAAUUGUAUUUCAAGAAUUCAUCCCUGGGGCCAGAGAAGUGCCCAGCUUUCAAUUUUAUCUGCACAAAUCGGGGGAAGUAUUCUGGGUCGGCACAACAACCGGAGGAUUCGAUGGAAUCUUUGCCUGGACUUCUGGAGCAGUGGACUGGGACAAACAAGAGGAGUAUGAGAAACUAGUGUACGAAGAUUUCACUUUGCCAAUUAAGAAAUAUCUUCAAAAGCGAGGCUACUUUGGCCUGGUCACUUUUGAAGUGCUUAUCACAGAUGACAGAAAGUACCUGGUCGAUGUGAACCCGAGAAUUGGUGGUGACACCACACAUUUACUUCUCGCGCGUCACAUGGCUUUAGAUAUUGGUUUAAAGCACUCGGCAAUUUUUUGCAAAAAUAAGCAUUACAACAUGACAGCCAAAGAAUUAGUCAAGAAGGCCAAUGACAACAAUGUCAAUGCCGAUGGGACGAUCAUUGUUCUAUCUGCCGCUGAUGCAGUCAAGGGAUGUGAGUCUUACAUGUCGAUAUUUGCAAAGACAUCAGAUGAAGUGCAAGCUCUUUUUCACAAAAUCAACAACUGAUCAAUUAUCAUUCAUAGGUAAUAAUAAUAUAAUUGAUAUUUAAUCAUCAAUUUAUAGAUUACAAUGUGUUCAACUCACACUUACCGCACAUUCAUGCAUUAACCAGGGUAUUUAAUGUUGAAUCCCAAAUAGGAUUUGAGUCUUAAUCAUCUCUAUUUGCAAAGACAUCAGAU